AUGACAGCGCCCAUGUCGGUGGCAGAGGCUAUUGCCGCUACACGCGGGCGUUUACACAGCGUGGCUUCAGUGGCUGCCUGGGCUGCUGAGGCACCCAAAGCUGCAGCAGCGCUGAGGGGAAAGAGUUUGGUCUACUUCAACGGCGCUUUUUCGCCCCCAACGUGUGCGCAUGCCCACAUUGCUGCAAGCGUUUGCAAGGAUCCAGAGGUUGAUGCCGUGUGGCUUGAUCCAGAGCCUGCACGACCUGGCAAAGAGCGAUGGCAAAACGAGACGCUCGAGGCUCGUAUUCACAUGUGCGAGUUGCUGGCGCGAGAUUCCUCGCUGUGCGGCCGUGCAGGUGUCGGAAGCUUGCGGAAAGACUUGGGGCCAGAGUUGGGGACUUCUGUAGAACUCUUCCGGGUGCUGCGAGCCCUGCUGGGCGGACCAGGGCAGGGCCACCUUACUUGGGCGGUGGGUGCUGAUGUCUUUGAGGGGAUGAAGCACUGGGCAGACAAGGCCCAUGCUUGUCUUCAACCGGGCCAAAGUUGCGAUGCCCUGCUGCUGUUCACGCGAGUUGGCUGGACACCGGAGCGGCUCAUGGCGGCUGCCAAGGCAGUGGGUCAUACGCCUUGUCAUGUCUCCGUGAUCCCAAUGCCACAGCACUUGCUCUCAGUGUCGAGUCACCAGGCAAGACAUGCGCUCGCCCAAGAGUUCGCAACUCCAGAACCUUUGUGGGGAGCUUUGAAAAUGAUGCCCCGCAAUAUUGCAGAGUUUUGCCUUGCAAGAGAUGACGUGUUGAGGAUAUAUGCUCAACAGGUGGCACGGUUGUAA